AUGAUCAAAUAAACUUAAAUUUUAAAUGAACAUAAGAAUAAUGUACAUACUCUAAAUUUUAUGAAUAAAUCAAAUUAGUUUAUAUCUGGUAGUCAUGAUAAUUCUAUUAUUAUAUGGUAAUUAAAUCAAAAUAAUUAAUGGAUUCCCUAAUAGACAUUAAAUGGACAUACUAGUUAAAUCUUUUGUUUAAUAUUAAAUAAUAAUGAAGAUUUAAUCAUAUCUGGAAGUUAUGAUAAUAGUAUUAAAUUUUGGAUAAAAAAGAAUGAAUGGACGUGUUAAUAAACAAUUAAAGAUCAUUCUAGUUAUGUUACUGGAUUAAGUGUUAAUUAAUAAUAAAAUAGAGUUGUAUCUUGUGGUUAUGAUAAAUUAAUAUUAAUAAUGGAAUAAUAAGGAUAGAAUAAAGA